GUGAUCUGCUAUUUCGGGGAGGGGGCGGCCAGCGAGGGGGACGCCCACGCCGGUUUCAAUUUCGCCGCCACCCUGGAGUGCCCCAUCAUUUUUUUCUGCCGUAACAACGGCUACGCCAUCUCCACCCCCACCUCCGAGCAGUACCGGGGCGACGGCAUCGCGGCGCGCGGUCCCGGUUACGGGUUGAUGUCCAUCCGGGUGGACGGCAACGACGUCUUCGCCGUUUAUAACGCCACCAAAGAAGCCCGGCGCCGCGCCGUGGCGGAGAACCAGCCCUUUCUCAUCGAAGCCAUGACCUACCGGUACGCCGGGGAGGGGAGCGAG